AUGAGGAACAGGGCCACAACGCCUUUGAGCAAGGCCAAAAUCCGCCAGUCAUGGAGCAAAUACAACCUGUAUAACCUGCACCGAUAUCGCCAGCCGCCGACCGCCAACAGGACCUUUUUCCAGCAGAAAUGGGCUGCCAAAUCUAUAUCUCGAGCAUACCACGGUGAACAGAUCCGCGAGAGUCAAUGGACUCGCAUGUUCUCGCGCCGUCUGCGCAGCGUGGUGCCCAUGAACCCUCGCAACCUUGCCACGGACGAUGGUUCCGUGAUUUCCGCUGGUCGUGGUUCUGGGCUGGGCAAGAGCCGGCCUGUGCCGCGAACGCCAUAUACACAGAUGACUUUUGCCCCUAUGGAGCGGCGGUUAGAUGUUGCUAUCUUCAGAGCUAUGCUAGCAAGUAGCGCCAGACAGGCACGGCAGUUUGUCGUGCACGGCGCGGUAACUGUCAAUGGGAAGAAGAUGCGACUCCCUGGUUAUCUUCUCAACCCUGGCGAUCUCUUUCAGGUAGAACCGGAACGUGUCAUGUUCGCUACAGGAGCACCCAAGAAUAAAAUCGAGCGCCGAGAGGGACGUCUUGCGAAGAAAGCUACCGGUGAAGACGAAACCAAGAAAGCCAAGGAAGAGACGAAACCGGAAGAAUUGACAGAACAAGAGGAGAAAGAACAGGCCAAGGAGUCUUUGAAGGAUCUUCUCACCAAAGCAAAAACCAUCAUGUCGCGAGAAAAGACCGUCCUUCCGGCAAAGAAGAAACAGGAGCUUCGUUCAUUCCAGAAAUCGGUCCGCAGUGUACUUUCGAAAUCUGCCACGAGUACAAUUUUAACAGACAGUCUCGAAAAUCAAUUCUCAGAGCUCCUGGGUAGGCUUAAAGCGAAGGUGGCCACGACAAAGAGCAAGGGUGAACAACAAAAACGGACCCCGGCCCAUCAAGAAUCUCGCAACGAAGAAUCCAGCAACGCUGCCAGCAGCCAACUAAGAGAAGCUUUCAAUAAGGCUACCGAAGACCCCGAGUCCUUGGAUACUUCAGAACUCUCAAAAGAAGAAGUCGGCAUUUUGAAGCAAGCGCUAGCGCAGAUGCGUGACAACCCGGUUGAUUCCAGCAAGCCUUAUGCCACGCCCUGGCGACCGCGAGACUACAUGGCGGCCUUUGCCUUUGUUCCUCGCUAUCUCGAGGUGCACCACAAAAUCUGCGCUGCCGUUUAUCUGCGUCACCCAGUUGCUCGUCCGGGCUUUUCAGAAGUCCCCAGUCCCUUUGGCGACAGCAUCCUGACCCCAGCAUUCGUAUGGUAUCUCCGCAGAAGGUGA